AUGUUUCAUAAGUCUAUGGGGAAAGUGGGAGGGGGACGUGUAGGAAGGAGAGCGAGGUCUGGCAGGUAUCGCGAGAAUAGGGCCGGCGAGAAGUGUCGGGGGCGGAUCGAGCCUUCUUGGGAGCACGUGGGCCCGCUGAGUGAGUUUGCUGUGCUGGCCGCCGCCGCUGUUGCAGUCGCCAUGGAGGAAGCGAAGCUGAGCCCUGGGCAGCCGCUGGUCGAUGGAGACGCCGGGUCCGAGUGGAACAUCCCGCCCAACGCGCCCGCCUGCAUGGAGCGGCACCUGGACGGGGCCCACUACCGGGCAGAUGGUGCCCUGCUCCUGGGAGCAUCCAGUUUGAGUGGGCGUUGUUGGGUAGGUUCCAUUUGGGUGUUCAAGGAUCCUUCAAAAGCGCCGAAUGAAGGCUUUUGCUCUGCUGGAGUUCAGACUGAAGCAGGCAUAGCAGAUCUGAAAUGGGUGGCAGAUAAAGGCAUUUUAGUAGCUUCUGAUUCAGGUGCUCUGGAACUUUGGGAGCUGGAUGAGAAUGAGACUCUGAUAGUGAACAAGUUCUGUAAAUACGAGCAUGACAAUAUUGUGACAACACUGAGUGUCUUCACCAAUGGCACUCAGGCCGUCAGUGGCAGCAAAGACUUCAGUGUGAAGGUCUGGGACAUCCCUCAGCAAACAGUACUCAAUUCUUACAGAGCUCAUUCCGGUCAAGUGACAUGUGUUGCCUCCUGCCCUGGGAAAGAUACAGUAUUCCUGUCCUGUGCUGAGGAUAGCAGGAUUUUACUUUGGGAUACCAGAACCCCAAAACCAGCAACUCGGAUUGCCUGCAGUGCCUCUAGUAACAUUCCUACCUCACUGGUGUGGCAUCCACAUCGAAAUGACACUUUUGUACUGGGUGAUGAAAAUGGAUCAGUUGUCCUUGUGGACACUAAGAACCCAGACUCUGCUGUCAGCUCAGCUGUGCACUCCCGAAGUAUCACAGGAUUUGCUUUUUCUGCACAUAGUUCACCACUUUUGGCUUCCAUCAGUGAAGACUGCUCAGUUGUUGUUCUUGACUCCACCUUUUCAGAAGUUUUCAGAAACCGUUCUCAUCGAGACUUUGUGAAAGGCUUAUCGUGGUCACCCUCAAACAAAGGCUCACUGACAACUGUUGGAUGGGACCAUCAAGUUCUACAUCACACAGUCCCGACUCAGAACAACCAUCCUUCGGGGAAAAACAACAACAUAACUGCAUAGAUUUUAUGGUCCUUGUUGGGUCCCUCUCCCUGGAAUAUCAUCUUUUGGUCAAAUCCUAUGGUUACACGUGGUCCUUUGCAGCCACAAAGAAAGGUCCUGUAGCAAGUUCAUGUUAGGUGAGCACUAGCCUCACACCAGUCAAUCAGGAACUGCCGAUAGUAAAAUGUUAUUGUGGGGAACAAAGGAAUUUUCCUUUGAAGGACUGCUGGAAAAAAGAGGUUAGAAAUUGCAAAUGAUAGAAAAUUUGGUGUCACUCUUUUUUGUUUCAUUGUACUUUUUAGAACCUCCAAAGUACCUGUGUGUGACUGUAUUGGUUUUCUUUAAUAGAGCUUGCAGUAGUUUUGUGGCAGCCUGCCUUAACUGCCAGCCUUUGAAUAAGGAUUAGAGAUAUGACUGAAAAGACUAUGAAGUACUCCUGUCAAAAGAAUGGGGAUGCUUAGUUUAGCUUGAGAGGACUUGGCUAGGCUUACUAAUGCCAGCCUCUGACUUGGUCUCAUCUGUGCUAAAGGCAUCUCAAUUUGGGCCCCAACUUAAGGAAGCAAUGCAUUGUGAUACAGAAUAGCCUUUCCCCCCUGUGAAGUAGUGUGUAUAAGAAUGGACAUAAAAGCACCCACAGUUUUCAGCCAAAAAAUGUGUUCCAGAGAUGUAAGCCUUUCUAGUGUAUGCUAGAAUGUAUUUCUGAAGGUUUGAUGUGUUUCUGAAGGUUUGGAUUUCAUGUAUCGUGAUCAAGGAAGCAUUUCCUGUGUAGAAGAAUCAGUCUCAGCCCAUGUAAUGUUCCUCUGUGUUCUUUGUUCUCUAUUUCUGUCAUGGAAUGCUAAAUGGCCAUAUUUCUCCACUCUCCCAACAAAAAAAAUGUUUAACCAGUUCUGUAUGCUCAUAGGUUCUUACUCUUGAAGGGAAACAAAGAAGGCAAAGGCUUACAAACCUUUAGGUUAGCUUUUUAAAUCUUGGUUCAGGUAAAACAUUGCUUUGAAUCUGUGUUGUGCCAUAUACAUAUGCCGUAUGUCAGGCAUUAUCAGAAUGGUUUCCACAAUGACGGGAAUGAACUUCUACAGAAUUCCUUCCUGUCAUGGAACUCUCUCAGAGUUUUGAAAUGGAUUCUCCCCAAAGACUACCUUCUCCCUGUGUUCUUCCUUUACGUGGGCCUCAGGUGGGUGCAGGAGAUAGCAGAUGCAAUGUCCUCUUUGCUUCCCGCAGAGUACGGGAGCCAGCCAACUUUCCGCUUGCCUCUCUCUGUGGCUUCUAUUUUAAAAUGUACCACCAUUUGUCUUUAAGCUCCGUGUAGGCCCCUAACCAGCGCAGGGGAUUGUGGAAUCAUAAUUCCAUUAAGAUUAAGAUAUACAUUAAAAGAGCUUUGCUUCCCACAGUUCCCUGCACUCGUUUGGGAUCUGCAAGAAGCUUGGGAGUGAGAGGGGAAGGUAACUUUUUAAAGUAGAGCCCAUGGCAAGUGGCAAGUUGACUGGCUCCAGUGCGUGUGUGUGUGUGUGUGUGUGUGUGUGUGUGUGUGUGUGUGUGUGUGUGUGUAGAGGACAUCACACCUGCUGUCUCCUGAACCCAUCCAGUUCCCAUGUAAGGGUGUGGUGAGGGGUUCUAUUAAAUGUCAGAAAGUGAUGCAGUCUGACCAAACCCGAUAGCUUGGGUGGGUUCUUGUUGGUCCCUCCCAGCAGUUUUCCUGUUGGAUAAGAUCAAGUCUGACAAUUUUGAACCUACACAAUUGCUUUUGUUUAGGCUGUAAGCACUUCCAAAAAAAAUAUGUAAAGAAUGGCCGGGGGGCGGGGGGGCAGUCAGAAUGUCCUGUGGUUCCUCAAACCCUACCAGAACCUUGUGUAAACUCAGUGUAAGGUUUUGUAUUCACUGGUCCAUUAAGUUAGACUAGAUAUAGUGAGGCUAAUAGGAAGUCACUCUUCCUCCCCAAUAUGUGGUAAUCAAUCCUUCAAAAUGAAAAGGAAUCUGACAUCUUUGGGUUUUUCAGAUCUUUUGUGUGAAAUCCAACUGUUGUGGUGCCCACAUCUGAUUUUUAGGCAGGCUAACUUGCUAUUGUGUAUUUUACUUUUAUUCACUGUAUUUACACCUGAGUUCCUUGGUGGAGUAGAAGGUUAGAAUAGGCAUGCUGAUGUCUGACAUUGCGGUUUUGUCCGUGGAAUGCUAAGUAGAAGAACUGAUGGGGUGGGGUGUCUUUUGUUUUUUGUUCUGCUGUGAACUUCUGAGCAAAGGAAGGCAAACUUUGUGCUUAUUUGAUGUUGGCAACAAGAACUGAUCCAUGAUCUCUAUGACACAUGAAGUGAAUGGAGAUGACCACCCACAAAAGGGAAGACUUUUUAAAAUAAAUCCCUUUUUUGUUUUUAAA